CACAAACAACACCUCUCCAUCGCGAGCUGCGAAAGACGAGCAGAGGGAGGGAGGGCAAAGCGAAGAGAAACACAACCGCGCCACCCCCGCACCCACCCACCCACCCACGCACCCGGAGCGAAGGGGAGACCGGCCGCAACAGAAGGCAGAGAGAGCUAGAGCCCCGCGCGCGGCAAUGGGCAACAGCAUCGGCGGGCGGCGCAAGGGCGCCAAGGUGAUGCAGCUGGACGGGACGGCGUUCCGCGUGAAGCCUCCGGCGUCCGCGGGCGCGGUGCUGCGCGACCACCCGGGGUUCCAGCUGCUCGAGUCCGAGGAGGUGAAGCUGCUGGGCGUGCGCGCCCGGCCGCUGGCGCACGACGCACAGCUACGCCCGGGCAGGCUCUACUUCCUCGUGGUGCUGCCCCGGCCGUCCGUCCCGCCGCGCCGCGCCUGGUCCGGCGCGCUCCAGGUGGGCGCGCGGGAGCGGCUGGAGUCGCUCAUGCUCACGCGCCGCUCCACCUCCGACCUCUCCCUGCCGGCCUCCGCGGCCACGGCCACGGCCACGGCGCCGCCGUCCCCGCUCUCCGAGUCUGAGGGCGGGCCUGUCCGGCUCCGGAUGCGCUUGCCCAAGGCGCAGGUCGAGAGGCUCAUGGCCGAGAGCCGCGACGGCGCCGAGGCCGCCGCCCGGAUCAUGCAGCUCUGCGCCGCCGCUAAUAACCCCGCCAGCGGCGCCGCCACGCCCGAGAGGGGGAUCUUGCGGACGCCCGAGCGGAGGAGCCCGCGGUUCGUGCCCACUCCGGACUGGGGCGUCGGCGUCGGCGCCACCGCCGCCUCGUCCCCGCAGACGCCCGAGCGGAGCCCCAGGUUCGCGGCGAUGACGCCCGACUGGGGGACUGAUGGGUUCAUGGUGCCGGCGGGCGUUGCGACGGCGCCCAGGACGCCGGAGAGGUGGCCCGCGCUGCCCCGCACCCCGGAGUACGCGUCGCCCGACGUCAGGGCCAGCCGGAAAGAGAAGCGAACGCGGUUCGUGGCGCUGCCGGAUGAGAUAAUCGCGUGACUUCUUCUUCGUCUCUCCCGCGCGCGCGCGCGCCGGGAUGAAACGAUCGAGGCCUGCGGUUGCUUGAUUUGGAGGAGCGUGGCAAGCAAAAGCAUGAUGUGCUGGGGUGACGAUCAGAGAGCCCAGAAGAUGUACUAGACUGAUUGAUGGUCCGCAGCAGGGUCCCAGACGCUCUGUCCCGUGGUUGGUCGUUUUCCUCGGUUGCGAGCGAGCCGGGGAAGAGCGCCUGCUGUGCUGCCGGCCGGCCCACGACGGUAGCGGCGGCAGCUCCCUGUCUUGCCUCCGACGACGACAGGGACUCAAGUGUGUCGUCUUCUUUUUUUUCUUCUUCUUCUACUGUGGUCUGUGGUCUAUGUAUCUUCUACAUAUUUAAGGCUAUCUUGCUCGUCCUCUCUAGAUGUUGUAGGUUGCUGAAGAAGCUUAGGAUAUAAAUACUUCUACAUGUAUAUGAAAACACUUGCGGAGGCCAUGACAGUAGCCAACAGCUUCGCGUGUCAUCGUCUGCGUCGUUUAAUUUUACUCUAGCAUUCGUCUCAAUCCACAUGCAUCAAUAUGGAUUGAAGUGAAUACUAAGUAUUCAAACAAUGCCUCGUAAUUCUGUUC